UUGCCAAAGACUCGUGGAGUCAUCUGUUUCCUCUUAAAGCCGCAAGGUAUCCCGGGGGCUAGUUUUCAGCAACCUUGUGACAUACAGAUGAGGCGAUAGAAUUUAGAAUUUGGAACAGGGCUGGGUACUGGUCUUUACAGUUAUUAAACAUAGAGUAGCCACACCAUAUGUGUCUCUUUUCUCUUUCAGCCAGUCAAUUGAACUAGGUCAGUUGUAUGUCAAGCAGUUCACGUAAGACUGUGUGGCUAAGGUACGCACUGAGCAGCUCCAUGCCCAUCCUUGCAGUGCAGCCAGGAUCUCCCACAUCACCUUCUCCGGGGAGAGCCAGUGGAACAUCUCUUUGUGUUUGAAGGUUUUGUAGGUAGGACCUGCCGACUCAAUGACCUGAAGGGUCAUUUCAGCAUUUCUGCCUCCAGACUUCACCACAGUGAAGAACUUUCACUCUCACUCACCUCUCAGGGUGCUCUGACUCUUGACGGCUGAAGGUGCCUGUUGUCCAAGAUGGACAGCAUCACCUAGCAGUAUGCAUGUCCCCACAGCAUGACGGACGUCAAGAGCAACCGCGAACUGUACCACCAGUACACAGCCAUGGCCCCCAAGCUGCUGGCCCACAUCUCGAAGCUGCUCAUGGUUUGCCGGAAUGCAGGCAUUUCGGUACCAAAGGGCAUUCGAAACAUCUUUGAGUUCACUUGGGAGGAGCUCAUCAUGGACCCCAUGGUGCCCACGGCGUCCAACAUCAUUGGCCUGGAGAUCAGCUUUGGGGCCCCACCCAUGGUGCUUGCAGAGCCCACCCCCGUCCAGGCCCCCGUCCAGAAGAAGCCACCCCUGACAGCGCCGACGGUGCCAGCAGCGCCCCCGCCGCCCGUGCCAUCCACUCCGCCAACCAAGUUCUCCGCUGCCCCCACCAGCCGCCAGGUGUGCCCUGGCCAGGAGACCUUGCGCAGGUUCCAGCAGCAGUCCAUCCACCUGCUGACGGAGCUCCUCGCUCUGAAGAUGAAGGCCAUGCUGGAGUCUGUAUCUGGUGCCAACCCCGUGGACAUCACACGGCGCUUCGUGGAGGCCAGCCAACUUCUCCACCUCAAUGCCAAGGAGAUGGCAUUCGACUACCUGAUCAAUGCAUCCGGGAAAGAUGGCUAUGAUGUUGCAAAGCUGUGGAAAGAGUCUCUCAUGAACAUGUCGGCCAUGGGAGUGAACUCACCUUACCAGCUUAUCUACGAGUCCACGACUAGCUGCCUGAGCUUUUCCCUCUCAACUACAAAGGAUAUGAAAAAGAAAUCAGGCAAAUCAAAAAAUUUCGAAGAUUUUCCCACAUCACCCAUCCACUGGGGAGCAGCCUCUGCCUCUGACAUCGUGGAGAUCAGCGACCCCUGCCCUGAGGCCCGGGAGAAGCUGCAGCAGAUGUGUCGCCACAUAGAAGCUGAAAGGGUCUCCUGGAAAGGAAGGAAUAUCUUCUACCCCACAUUCAUACGCAACUACAGGACAAAAAUGCCCUUUCAUCCAGGGCCAGCCCCUAAAGGGGACACUCAAGCCCCAAACUCCCAUCACCACCACACUUCAGGUGCUCAGGCUUCUGCUCCUGCCCUCCAGCACCCUGUCGCCUCCACCCACCACGCUCACUUCAAUCGGUAUUCUCAGGACGUGAGGAUACCCAAGAAGGCCAGCAAGUUGCAUUAUACCUUCUAUGACGGCUCCUCCUUUGUUUAUUAUCCCUCUGGAAACCUCGCUGCGUGCCAGAUCCCUACGUGCUGCAGAGGAAGAACUGUCACCUUCCUCUUCAAUGACACACCCAGUUUCUCCUUCCUGGCCCUACUGAACGCGGAAGGCCAAGGCUGCGUUCACUAUAACCUAAAGGCACGCUGCCCGUAUGUGUUGAUAUUGGAUGAGGAAGGAGGGACCACCAGCGACCACAAGGGCUUCGUAGUCCACAAGUGGAGCUGGGCCUCCAAGACAGAGACGCUGCUCUCCCUGGAGUAUAAGGUAAAUGAGCAAAUGAAACUGACAGUGCUGGGGCAGGAUUCCAUUGUGGUGACCUUCACCUCCCUGCAGGAGACAGUAAAACUCACUGUCUCAGCCACCAGCUGUCCCCAUGGGAUAACACAUGAUAAACGGCUGACCCACAGAAUCAGCAUCGUGGACGACAAGUUGUCCAAGAUGAGCCGAGCCCUGGUGGACAUCAAGAAGCGGUUUCAGAAGACAGUGUCCCAGUUCAUGAAUUCCAUUUUGCUGGCGGCAGGCCUGUUCACCAUACAAUAUCCCGUAAAGGAAGAGGCAGAAGCCAGGAUAAAAUCCGGGCCCCAUCUGGACCGGGGCAUCAGGCCAACUUUAUACUCGGAAGUUUUAUUAAGAUCUCAGUCGUUCCGACCUGACGCCUUGAUUACAGAGCCUACCAAGGAAGAACCAAGGACUGUCCCGGUGAUCCCUACUAGAAAGAAGCCCGCCAAGAUCCGAUCCAGAGCCAUGGCCACCCUGAGCAGGAAGGCCCGAGAAGCGCCCCGCAGCCCCAUCAGGUGGGCGGCGCCACCCUCUGACUGCCCGCUGGUGCUGCGGAAGCUCAUCCGCAAGGAAGACACCAGGGCAGGCUGCAAGUGCCUAGUGAAGCCGCCCCAGGUCUCUGAUGUGGAGUUCGAGCGCUUCCUGGCUGCACCCCGAGACCCCAAUCAGAUCCUAGUGUUUGGCAUAAUCUCAAGCCAGAACCCCACCAUGACAGUACAGCUCCAAUGGCUGCUGGACACCCUCUACAGUCACCGGCAGCAGGGUCGUGGCUCACCCUGCAUCCAGUGCCGGCGUGACCCCUACCGCCUGCUACACUAUGACCUGGACGGCCCCCUGCAGAGGGACCCGCCCCUGCUGGUGGAGAAGUAUGCUGUGCUGCAGGGCAUGAUUCUGAUGUUUGCCGCGGGGAAGCUCCUUUUCGGGGGCUGCAUUCUGAAUGGCUAUGGCUACAGCCGGCAGAACCUGCUGAAACAGAUCUUUCGGGCUCGACAGGACUGUAAAAUGGGCUACUUCCUGCCUGAGGACUACAAAUUUAGCAUUUCAGCCUCCACUUCUGGCCCAGAAGACCCUGACCUGGUCAAGAAGUCAAAGUCGGGAGACAUCCAAGGAAGCUUCUCCUCAUUAGCUCUGUGGGACAAAAUGGAGAGGGACCCCUCUCCUGAACCUGAGAAAAUGAAAGUGUCCGAAGAGGAUAUACAUCCUCUCAACAAAUUCAGGAGGUUCAGCAAGAAGACAGUCAACUUGAAGAAGCUGCCCUCCAAGAAGUGACGCUGCCCCCAGCCGCCUAGUGUCAGGACUAGCUGGCCGCCCCGCCCCCACCUCCCACCCCCUCUCCCCCAGCCUCUGCACAAUAAACAAGCUGCCUCCAGGUCUGGGUGAGGCAUGGGACAGGCUGGCUCCUGUGAGGCCAGAGGCCGGGCAGCCCUGGAUUAGGCCGAGUCUUUGGAGACUUGGUUCUGCUACCCAGAGCUUUCUCUGUGGCCAGCGAUGUAGGCCUGAGAAUCUCGUACUUCUAAGAAAAUGGCUGUCUAGCUCCCAGGGGAACCAGCUGAAAGGUGUACUGACCCCUAGGGACGUCUGUGGCGGCACCUCACUGGGUGGAGGAGGACUCUGGUUCCGGCCCAGUUGGAAGAGGGUAAGAGAGAGCAGAGGGGGAGACUGAGACGGGCAGGCCCUUGAGAGAUGGGGGAGCGGUUGAGAAGGGAGAGUGAUGACAAAGGAGC